CUAGUCCAAUUCCGAAACGGUCACGUCCCACUAAACAAGCAUCUACACCGCAUAGCACGAAGCCCAUCCCCGCACUUCCCAUCCUGCCAGGAAAGAGAAGAAUCCGUUCACCAUUUCCUUUUCGUAUGCCCAACGCAUGCAACUCACCGAAGAAAGCUAAAAGCGGAGCUGGGCACACGAGCCCAGCAACUAAAGCACUUACUCAAUGACGAGAAGUGUAUAGAAUCUCUUUUCAAGUAUAUAGCCCGCACCAAACGAUUCGUCAGCACUUUCGGAGAUGUCACCCCCCCAGAAAAGAAGAAAGCUCGCAACGGACAAAGAACAUAGACAGCUAGCAAG